AUCGUGCAGAAGCGAGACACUAAGAAAAUGUAUGCGAUGAAGUACAUGAACAAGCAGAAGUGCAUCGAGAGGGACGAAGUCCGCAAUGUCUUCCGGGAGCUGCAGAUCAUGCAGGGGCUGGAGCACCCUUUCCUCGUCAAUCUGUGGUACUCCUUCCAGGAUGAGGAAGACAUGUUCAUGGUGGUGGACCUGCUGCUGGGAGGGGACCUGCGCUACCACCUGCAGCAGAAUGUACAUUUCACGGAGGGGGCAGUCAAGCUCUACAUCUGUGAGCUGGCUCUAGCCCUGGAGUAUCUGCAGAGGUACCACAUCAUCCACAGAGACAUCAAACCAGACAACAUACUGCUGGAUGAACAUGGACAUGUUCACAUCACAGAUUUCAACAUAGCAACAGUUGUGAAAGGAACAGAAAAGGCUUCCUCCAUGGCUGGCACCAAGCCCUACAUGGCUCCAGAAGUGUUCCAGGUGUACGUGGAUGGAGGUCCCGGGUACUCGUACCCUGUCGACUGGUGGUCCCUGGGUGUCACUGCCUAUGAGCUACUGCGGGGCUGGAGGCCAUAUGAAAUCCACUCAGCCACACCCAUCGAUGAGAUCCUCAGCAUGUUCAAGGUGGAGCGUGUCCACUACUCCUCCACGUGGUGCAAGGGAAUGGUCGCCCUACUGAAGAAGCUCCUGACCAAGGACCCCGAGAGCCGCCUGUCCAGCCUCGGUGACGUUCAGAGCACGCCCUACUUGGCUGACAUCAACUGGGAUGCGGUGUUCGAGAAGGCACUGAGGCCUGGCUUUGUGCCCAAUAAAGGGAGAUUGAAUUGUGAUCCCACAUUUGAACUUGAAGAAAUGAUUCUAGAGUCCAAGCCACUUCACAAGAAGAAGAAGAGGCUGGCCAAGAACAGGUCCAAAGAUGGUACAAAGGACAGCUGUCCUCUGAACGGACACCUGCAGCAGUGUUUGGAAACCGUGAGGAAGGAAUUCAUCAUCUUCAACAGAGAGAAGCUCAGGAGGCAGCAGGGGUGGGGCGGCCAGCCCUUGGACACUGAAGGCCGGGCCGGAAGCCAGGCCCAGAGCAAGCUCCAGGACGGGUGCAACAACAACAUCCUCACCCACACCUGCUCCCGCGGCUGCAGCAGCUAAGCCCCCUCUGCGACUGCCCAAGGGGACUGCACACAUCUCUGCCCUGCCUACCCAGCUCCCCACUCUGUGCCCUGAUGGUCCCUGUCUCAGCCCUAAAAAUAGCCAAUGCAGAAAGAGCCCUGGACUUGGAGCUGGGAAGCCUGGGUUCUGGCCCAAUUGCAGACUGAUUCGGUGUGUGACCUCAGACAAGUCACGCCCUCUCUGUGCCUCAGUUAUCUGCAUCUGCCAAAGGGGCUGAACAGAUCUCUGCCCCACCACCAGUUUCAAGAUUAUUGUGAGAAUUCAACUGUAUAGCAAACAUGCAAAGCCUUUGACAUUUAUACAAUUGUUUUUAAACUUAUUUUAAUAGCAUUUGCAAUAUUUGCUUUAUUAUUCUCUCUCACCUAUAGUCCAACUUCAAAUUUCACCAUUUGUCCCCAAAUGUUCUUGUAGUAUACAAACCCUUUAUGUGUGCAAAAUAUAACCUUAAUAUUUGAAGUGCACCACCAUUUCCCAAAGCAAUCAGACCAUCUAGACUUUGUAAUUCUGCCCAUCCUAGCUUGUUAGAUGGUCUACAAGUCAUACUUUUGAAAAUGUAGCCAUGAUAACUUGACAUGUUUGCCCCUCCUAUGGAGACACCGCUCCUGAAUCCUGGAGCAAAACCUCAAGUGUCUUCACUCAAAUUCUCUGCCAGACCAUCAUCUUUCUGACCUUCUAAAGCAGUGUGCAGAUGAGCCAGGUCCCCAAGAUCUCAGGCUGCUCUCCCCUAGUUCACAGAAGACUGUCCCCACUGUCAUUUCGGUUGUCUCCACCUCUAGAAUGCCCCACUACACACUGUUACUAAGAGGGUACAUCGGUGCCCAUGCAAAUGAGAGUCUGGUCACCAAUCAUUGGUUAGUCUUACAAAUUGUCAUCAGAAUUUCUCCCUAAAACUCAGCCUGCUGCAGGACUCUCAGUUUCCAUCAGCCAGCCUUCCAGGAAUUCUUUUCCAGGAAGGGUGCAAAAUUGGCUUAUCAGAAUUUUCUUAUGCAGGGUAUCCAAGAAGCACCAACGAAAUGGCUCCUUAGAAACUAGAAAAGUGCAUGGUUAGAAACGGUAUUCUAGAAGAAAAGUGUGUUCAUACAAAAAGCAAACUACUUUAUGACCUGUUCAGGGAGCAACUUGCCUUUGAAUUGGGAGAUGCUGUAGCACAGCAAGUAAAGUAGGCGUUGGAGUCGGGCAUGUGCUCAAAUCCAGCCCUGCUGUUUACUAACUGGAAGACCUUGGGCAAGUCAAGUAAUCACUCCGAGUGCAGUUCCUCACUUUUAAAUGAAGAUAGUAAAACUAACCUUGCAGGGUGGUUCAAGGGUUAAGGGUAAUGCACCCAGAACUUGGUUGGCUUUGAAUGGUAGCCACUUUUUGCGAUCAUCCAUCAUUAUUAAGAAAUACCUUAUACAUUCAUUUGGCAGGUCAGUGUUCUAUGGAAACAAGCCUUGUCUUUGGAAUUCAUUUAAUUUUUCUUUCCAGAGUCUUUGAUAUCUGUAUAUCCUGCUAAAGUUUGAUUGCAUUUUUAUUUUCUCAUUCAAUUUCUGUUUUGCACUUGAUCCUCUUUACAUGACAAGCUAAUCACCAUGGCUGUCAGUGUCAUCUCUUAGAUUUCUUAAGAGACAUUUUAAUGUAUGGUGAGGUUUUAUACUUUUAUUUAAAAGAGAAAUAGUCGUUGUUUUUCUCCUUUGAACUGAAGCUAUUAUUUCUAGGUCAUGUUGUCAAUAUUGAUCUACUUGUUUUGCACACUGUUCAGUCUUCAGUUCCCCAUCAUAUUCAUCCUGUCCCUCUCCAGGAAAUAAUGGGGCUGCUCUCGUCUUCACUGUGACCCAGGAAGCAUGUCAGAUUUCUUACUGGGCUGAGUGCAUGAAUUAGGGGCGGGGACUGGAGGUAGCCCUGGAGACAUUUGGAUUUCCUGGCUGUGUUCAAAUUGGUGUUCCUUGUUCAGAAUAAAC